UGUCAAUGAGAAUUAUAUAUCCGAUAAUUUGCAAAUCACCUUAAAAGAAAAGGAUAUUGUGGCUGUUAUCCCGCCAAUAAGUGGAGGUUAAAAAAAAAUGAUUGAUUUAAAAAUUGUAAAUUUUGAAUUGGACAUUGUCUCUGCUAUAAGUUCUGUCAACUCGCCACAGUGUGGAGCUGUAUCAAUAUUUAUUGGAACAACUAGAGAACAUUUUAAUGGGAAUAAAGUAAAAACAUUAUUUUACGAAGCUUACGAGUCAAUGGCGUUAAAGCAAAUGAAAAAUAUCACUGUUUUGACUAGACAAAAAUGGCCUGAAGUUGUGAAUAUUGCAAUACAUCACAGGAUUGGUGAAGUAAAAGUUGGAGAAGCUGGUGUAGUGAUUGCUGCUUCAUCUCCUCAUCGUAAACACGCUCAAGAAGCUGUCUCGUUUAUACUUGAAAGACUAAAAACCACAGUUCCCAUUUUUAAAAAGGAACAGUUUGAAGACGGCAGUGGUUUAUGGAAAGCUAAUGAAGAAUGCGCUUGGAAGAAUAAUAAUGAUACAUCAUAUUGUUAAAUGUUAAGCAUAAGUAACUAAACUUUAUCUUAUUUAGAUUCUUGAAUAUUUAAUAAUUAAAAUAGUUAUAGUAAUUAUGUUAUGGUUAUGAAUAAGUUAAGGAAUUUAAGAUCCACAUUAGUAUACACUAAGACUAUUUUGAUUACAAAUUUUUGAACUUUUACAAGUUGCUAUACAUAUGCUCAAGUAAAAAAAUUAUCCAUAAUUCACAUAAUUUUUAUACUUUUAACCAUUAAUAAUGCAAAAAAUACAUAUUAAUCCAAGUUAUCUAUAAGGAAUAGAUAGGUAUGGCGCACUAAAAUUUUUUGGAUGCAAAACAUUAAUAUUCCUUGAGGUAUGCCCAUGUUCAUUUAAAAACUUAACUCAAGAGUUCUUUUACUGAUAAUAAUUAAAAAUGUUUUUUGCACUCGUAUAUACUAACCAAGUGUUGUACUAUUGGUAGUAAUAAAAAAAAUACAAUUACAUAAUCAUCAAAA